AUGAUAUUUGUUAAGAGUAAGAUUUUAUAUUUCCUAAAAUGGCCUUCUGUUGCCAUAGAGGAAAAUUUUAGUGGUUCCUUUAAAUGUUUAUUCAAAAACAAGAGGAAUAAAUAUGUAAGGAAUAAUUUAUCAAGAUUUAUUCUUUCAGUUUCUUUAAUUUUGUUCUUUUUUCAUUUUGUUCUAUGUAGCACAAUAGAAAAUGUUGAAAUAUUAAAGAAUGAUUAUAAUACGCUAACAGAAAGUCAUAAUAUAAUUAAUAGAAGGUCUAGAAAUUUAGGAGCGAAUCCAGAAUCCAUUAGUUUAGGUUAUGAAUUAAGUGAAAAGGAUGAAGGAAAUAAAAAUGAUCUAAUAAAUAGUGCUACAGAUGUAUCAACAGAAUUAGAGAAUUUAAAAGAACGUUUAUUUCCUGAACUAGAAUUAUAUACAAACGAUCAAAAUUCAAGAAAUAAUACUCCAAAUUUACGUAAGGGUUCUUUGGGAUUUGAUAGUUUUAAAAAAUUGGAAUUAGGAACACUAAAUCAAUUUGAUAAAGAUAAAAUGAUUAAUCUGAAAGAUGAAACCAAUAUGAAUGAAUUUGAAGGAUUUCUAGGAAGAAAUUCAAUGGCUAGUAAUGUAGUUACAUCCGAAUUAUUUGAUGAACCAGUAGAUGAUAGUAGUAGUACUACUACUAGCACAGGUACAAAAUUGCAAAACGUUCCAUCGAAUGAUAAUAACGGUGAACUUUUGAAAGAUGAACCUAUAGAUGAUUAUAUAAAUAAUAAUUCGAAAGUUGAAUCGGAAGAUAAUUAUUAUGCACAACAGAAUAUGCAAAGUCAGUCGAAAGAUAAUUAUGCUUCAGAACAAAAUGUAGCAGAUCAAUCGACAGAUAAUUAUCCUACGCAACAUGAUGUACCAGUUCAAUUGAGAGACAAUUAUGCUUCAGAACAAGAGUAUUUUGAUAGAGGUGAACAAUUGAAUGACGUAAGUGCAGAUAACAAUACAAGUAAUAAAUUGAAAGACGAACCUGUAGAUAACAAUACAAGUAAUAAAUUGAAAGACGAACCUGUAGAUAACAAUACAAGUAAUAAAUUGAAAGACGAACCUGUAGAUGACAAUACAAGUAAUAAAUUGAAAGACGAACCUGUAGAUAACAAUACAAUUAAUAAAUUGAAAGACGAACCUGUAGAUGACAAUACAAGUAAUAUUUUGAAAGACGAACCUGUAGAUGACCAUGCAGGUAAACAUUUGAAAGAUGAACCUGUAGAUGACCAUGCAGGUAAACAUAUGAAAGAUGAACCCGUUGAUAUUGAUAGAACAAAUAUUAAAAAGGGUUUAAAUGAACAACAUGUUAAUCCAUGGACUACAACAUUAGCAGAUUUAAAAAAUAUUAAUAAUAGUAUGAAAAUAGAAAAAAAUAAUAAAAGUAAUGAACAGGUAAAAAAUACGAGCGUUAGCAAAUCAUGUGAUAUUAUAAAACCUUCCAAGUUUAAUAAAAAGAACCUUUUUGAGCAAAGACUUCAAAGUGUUGAAGGUAAAAACUUUUUUGAAGGAAGAAGUCAAAAUUUAGAAGGAAGAAGUAAUUUUGAUGAGAGAUCUCAAAUUGUAGAACAAAGGAGAAACUUUGAUGACAGGGACCAGAACAUAAUGGAUAGAAAAAAUUUUGAUGAAAGAAAUCAACAGGUUAAUGACAGAAGAAAUUUUGAUGAAAGAAAUCAACAGGUUAAUGACAGAAGAAAUUUUGAUGACAGGGAUCAGAACGUAAUGGAUAGAAGAAACUUUGAUGAAAGAAAUCAACAGGUUAAUGACAGAAGAAAUUUUGAUGAAAGAAAUCAACAGGUUAAUGACAGAAGAAAUUUUGAUGACAGGGAUCAGAACGUAAUGGAUAGAAGAAACUUUGAUGAAAGAAAUCAACAGGUUAAUGACAGAAGAAACUUUGAUGAAAGAAAUCAACAGGUUAAUGACAGAAGAAACUUUGAUGACAGGGAUCAGAACGUAAUGGAUAGAAGAAACUUUGAUGAAAGAAAUCAACAGGUUAAUGACAGAAGAAAUUUUGAUGAAAGAAAUCAACAGGUUAAUGACAGAAGAAAUUUUGAUGAAAGAAAUCAACAUGUUAAUGACAGAAGAAAUUUUGAUGAAAGAAAUCAAAAUGUUAAUGAUAGAAGAAAUUUUGAUGAAAGAAAUCAAAAUGUUAAUGAUAGAAGAAAUUUUGAUGAAAGAAAUCAACAAGUUAAUGACAGAAGAAAUUUUGAUGAAAGAUAUCAAAAUGUUAAUGAGAGAAGAAAUUUUGAUGAGAGAAAUCAACAAGUUAAUGACAGAAGAAAUUUUGAUGAGAGAAAUCAACAUGUUAAUGAGAGAUAUCAAAAUGUUAAUGAUAGAAGAAAUUUUGAUGAAAGAAAUCAACAAGUUAAUGACAGAAGAAAUUUUGAUGAGAGAAAUCAACAUGUUAAUGAGAGAAGAAAUUUUGAUGAGAGAAAUCAACAUGUUAAUGAGAGAUAUCAAAAUGUUAAUGAUAGAAGAAAUUUUGAUGAAAGAAAUCAACAUGUUAAUGAGAGACGAAACUUUGAUCAAAGGGCUCCAAAUGUAGAAGAGCGAAGAUAUAUGGAUCCAAGAAAUCCGAAUAUUCCAUAUGUAAGGUUUCCACAUCAUCAGUGGGGUCAAGGAAUGAUGUAUGGAAGACCAUAUUAUCCUUGGGUUCCAUUUAUGGGAGAUGGAAGAGGUUAUAAUUUUUAUAAUCCUCAUCAACAUAUGGUAUAUGGAAGACCCUAUUAUUGGGUACCUCCACCCCCAGCGUUAGAAUAUACAAAAGGAUUUAAUCCAAUGGAACAGAGAAGAGAAGAAGACAGGGGACAUAUGGGAGGAAGAGGUAGUAGAUACCCAGAAGAGGAAAGAUAUAAUUAUAACAAUAAGAGAAGUAAUAGUAUACCUGAAGGACGAAAUUAUGAAGAGAAUGCAUAUGAGAGAGGAGGAGGGAAUAAUAAAUGGGAUUUUCGAAAUAUGUAUGAUAGAUUAAGAGAUGAAGAUGAAAAUGAUUAUGACCAACCUCCUAGUACAUCUUCUUCUAAUAGAGGAAGAGGUAAUGAAAGAUAUAGUCAAUCAAGAGAUAGAAGAGAAGAAAGGAAUAAUUAUAAUAGUGAUUAUUAUACUAGAGGAAAUGAGAGAACAUAUAAUAAUUCAAAUGUAACAAGUAGUUCAAAUAGAGAAUUAAUACCUUACAAAAAAGAGAUAUUACCUUUUGGUGUUAGUAAUUCUGAAUUGGAAGAUAAAUUAACAGAAGAGGAAUUAAAUGAAAGAAUAAGAAGAUUAGAUUAUACAGUAUCUGUUAAAGAUAUGUUUAUAUUAUGGAAUCAUAUACUUGCACAUGAAAGAAAAAAAUAUACAAAAAUGCAAGAAUAUUUAAUGUAUUAUAGUCAAUAUUUAGAAAAAACAUAUCUUGUUCCUACAGCUUUUAGAAAAAAAUACUGGUGGAGGGUUCAUUAUAUGUUGACCGAAGAAGUAGUUAAAAGAGAAAGGACAGAUAAUUUAGAUUUCCAUCAAUUCUUACGUAAAGGUUCUUGUGAAAAACGUGAAUUUUUAUAUUUUAUUAAUUCUAAAAGAAAAGGAUGGGCUGAUCUUACGGAAACAAUGAAAAAUAUAUGGAUGGAAAGAUUAACUUAUAAAAUGAGAAAAUAUAGUGGAGCAUAA